AUGGCCGAUUCGUUGCAAACACUUGAAGAACCUAUGGAAGUUAAGUAUCUCCCAUUGGCUUCGGGCAUUAAUCCAGCUGGAGUAGAUCCUGCAUAUCACAUUACUCUGGUCACUUUCGCCCAUUGCGGUGAGAUCACCUAUUUUACCAAUUCUAAGGAAUUUAUCAUCGACCUUAAGGUUCCCUUGACUGCUCUCCAGUCCUAUGACGACGACGGAAAUUUUAUCAUUCUUGCUGCUGCACGUGACCUAAGAAUGUGCUGGAUUAAUCCCAAGACUAGAGUUUUAAAUUACAAUGAAACCAUGCACAAGUCGACCAUUUACACACUGGAUGUGCGAAGACCAGGCGAGGAUUUGAUGCUAUCAAGAAGCGCCGACAUAAUCACUUUGUGGGAUCUCCAAAGGGCGGUGAGACUGAGUCAAUACCCCCGUGACAGCGCAGCCCAAAUCAUCGCCGCUUAUUUCAAUCCUCCAAAUGGACAAGUUAUUGUUUCUUGUCUCCGAAACGGCACAAUCAAGCUGUGGAAAUCGAACGAACCCCAAUGUUCCAGCUGUUUCUAUAAUACUUCUACGCCUUUGCGCCAAUACCGAUGUAUCUGCUCCAGCCUUGACGGUCGUUUCCUCUAUGCCGCUGGUGAUGAACCCCACUUAGUCGUUUGCACCCUCAAUGGUGUUGAAAAACAAGCUGUCUGCGAAGUUGUGCCACUGAAUUUCGCACCCGUCCUUCAGAUGCAGUGUGUGCCUGUUAACGGUGAAAGUCUCCUCCUAUUGGGUUCUGACGGUCGUCUCCGCCUUUUGUCCCUCAGCUCCUUUUCGUUUAUGUCUUUGCGCUCCCUGCCUCCCACGCUGGUACCACCUGUUGUUAAUGGGGUCGGAUUUACGAUGCUUAUGAAGCCUCAGGAUCCUCUUGCCCUGGAUUUCGCUGUGGCUCCAUCUCCCUCAGCGUCAUCAUCUUCACUUGUUGCGGUACUCACUGAAAAUGGUGGUUUUCGACUCUUAGAUCUGAGUAAUGGGAUGAGAAAACCACUAGUGUAUUUAGGGAGUGUUCAAGUUCUCAACCUUCAGGAACUUGUUUGUGACUUCACAGAGAAAAAAAAAUAUCUAUCACCUUGUUUGAUCAAAUUGCUGGAGAUCAGCGUUGGUCGAAUUGGCAUUCAACUUAGCAAUGCUAUUAGAAUUUCGACCUACUACGGUAAUGGCCCAUUUACACGGGACCCCUAUAGGCCUCAGCACGAAUGGCUGUCGGUACCAGCACCUCUGAAGGACAGGACGAAUAAUCUCGAGACUGCUCCGGCUAAGUAUGAAGUGAAGUCACAAAUUCCUACAGCAACCGAACAUAAGCCUCCAUCAUAUCUGUGGGCCCAGAGGAACAGCAACACAGUCACUUUUGGUCGUGGUGAAGCGGAAUCACGAGUUUCUACGGCAGGCGAACAGAAGAACGACUCCCGAAAUAACAGAGGUGAUAAGAUUGAUGAAGAUAAAGGGAAAAAGGAGGUUUUGAAGUCGUCCACUUCCAACGACAAGUCGGAGCAACUUUUAAAUCCAGAAAAACUUCGAGGCAUCCUCGCUGAACACCAUCACUUUCCUUCGGAGCGUCGGUCACUUCUCUGGUGCCACUUGUUGCGCCUACGCGGUGACGUAAGACAAUUCAACCAACACGCAGCCCAAGGCCUCCAUCCUCUUAUUGCCCAGAUACCUGAUAACCCCCGCCUCUGCGACCGCCUCCUCCUCCUAGAUGAUGUUCAGCGCGUCUGUUCAGCUCUCAUCCACAAACGCAAGAAGUUAGCUAGCAUUCCUGAUUUGUCCCUCAUCGUUAUGCCUUUUGUGAAGCUGUUUAGAGACACUCACCUCUGCAUGGCGUACGAGGCUGUUUUAGCCAUCCUGGAUGGACUUUGCGCUCCUCUGUUCGAGUUCUACCCAUCGCCGCCACAACAUCUGCUCUGCACUAUGGAGGAUACCUUGGCCUCUCGCGAUCAGGAAGUGCUUCGACAUUUUUUGCGUAGUGAUUUAUCUGCAGAGCUCUGCAUUUGGCCCCUGCUGAGAAGCCUUUUCACUCGAGUGCUGGCCGAGAAUGACUGGCUCAGCCUCUGGGACCACACUUUGGUGCAUCCCCCAUCCUUCCUCAUGAAUUUCGCCGUAGCCUACGUGCUUGUUAACCGCAAGCGGAUAUUUCAAAUACGAACCCGGCAACAUAUUAAGGAAUUCCACGCACAAGUCUCCGAUUCGCUUAAUUUCGUCCGGGCGUUGAACUUGACCCAUGAACUGCAAAAGAGUUUCACUCCAGCCAGCAGCAUCGGCGUUGUUGCACUGAAUAGGUGCAUCGGGCAGAUGAUAGUGAGUGCUCAACGGAAGCAGUGUGAAAGGCUUCAUGACCCACAGGAGGGUGGGGAAUCAAGUGAUGAUUGA